AUGAAUCUCAUACUCGCUGUUGUGGCCGUUCUGGUGCUAGUAGCGAUCAUUGGGCUAGAAGACUUGAAAGCACUAAAAGUACGGCAUGAUGUCCACUCGACAGUCAUGGCUAUGAUCAACGAUGAAGGUGCUGGAUCAUGGCCACCACGAGCCACUCACGACGAAUUUCCGCCAGCUCUCCGCGCCUACAGACAAAUUUAUGCUGCCAUGGCGCCAUUGCUGCCAACUGCCAAUCCAUCACUUGACGAUGAGUCCAAUAAAAUACGUUGUCAAGAUUUUCGCUCCCGUAUGCAGACUCUGCUUAGCGAGAAGGUUGACAUGAUGGCGACUCGAAGUGCUUUGGAAGCCGUUCAGUCUGGCAAUUGGGAUACCUUCCCACGAGACGCUUACAAUGGUUUCUACUCGUGUAUUGCUUGCUUGCGCCACGCUUAUCGAUGGGCAUCCAACCCAGUUCUCAGGGUUACACAAGAGGAAAAGCAACUUCACUUCCCUUUGGAGCUGGAUAUGCCAUGGUCCUAUAUACAGCGCAGAUUCGACAUUACAUCUCCCAGCGGAAAUAUUAUGUCAAAUGUUAUUUGCAAUCUUGAUUCAUAUGGCCAGAUUGUAUAUCCGAUAAAUGAGGGAAUGUCUGAUGCGAUAAGAAGUACAGAACUUGCCUGGUGUCACAUAUUCUACGAUUCGGAAACCAUGGCUAUUCCGAUCUACUAUGCCAUAAUUCAAGCUAUCAUCAGCUUUGAACGAGGUGACAAGAAGUCAUGCCUUGCUCAUAUUGAAACGGUUUCCAUCAAUCUGCGGAAAGUAUUGCUAAAUUUGUACGAGAAAAUGAACGAUCCUCACGUAGCACGUGCGAUAUGGGUGAGACAUAUAUCGGGAGUUCAUAGCUGGGGAUUGACACACGAGACUGAUGGCUCUCCUGUCGAGUAUGGUGGCUUAUCCGGUAGCCAGAUUCUCCUUUUCUUGGCAGUUGAUGCCUUUCUAGGAAUCGAUCGCUACCACUCGGAUGAUCAACAAAAGAGACAUAUCUCUCUUAACUUAAGGAAUGUAGCUGCAACUAUCCGCAGAUAUUCUUUCAGAAAACUACUCUCAGAGAAAUCCGAGGAUGAUAUUGCCUUAGAAAAUGCAUUUCAACGCAUGGUCAAGCAACUCCGAUCUUUCAGGGCUGUUCACAAGGUUCGAGCAGUUCGUUACCUCUCGGCCCCUGCCCCUGAGCGAGUUCCCAUGACAGCGGCGCUCUCUGUUCUGCCUAGCCAAGCAGAAGAAGGAAUUGCCGCCGACGCUUUCAAAUUUGUUGAUAGAUUGUUGACCAAGAGAUUGAACGAGACAGUUUAA